AUGCUCACAAAACUUUUUAUUGCAGAAAAAGUGAACAACUUCCCUCCCCUGCCGAGGUUCAUCCCCUUGAAGCCAUGUUUCUACCAGGACUUCGAUGCGGAGAUCCCGCCGCAGCACCGUACCAUGGCCAAGCGGCUUUACUACCUCUGGAUGCUGAACAGCAUCACCUUGGCGGUGAAUCUCGUUGGCUGCCUCGCAUGGCUGAUUGGAGGCGGUGGAGCUGUUAAUUUUGGACUGGCAAUUCUCUGGCUCAUUCUCUUUACGCCCUGCUCCUAUGUCUGCUGGUUUAGACCUAUUUACAAAGCUUUCAAGACAGACAGUUCUUUCAGCUUCAUGGCCUUCUUCUUCACCUUCAUGGCCCAGCUGGUGAUCAGCAUUAUCCAGGCAGUGGGAAUCCCUGGCUGGGGCGUCUGUGGCUGGAUUGCAGCGAUUUCCUUCUUCGGGACCAACGUGGGGUCGGCUGUGGUGAUGCUGAUCCCCACUGUCCUGUUCACGGGGAUGGCAGUCUUCUCUUUCAUCGCUCUCACCAUGGUGCAUAAGUUUUACCGGGGGAGCGGGGGGAGCUUCAGCAAAGCCCAGGAGGAGUGGACCACCGGGGCGUGGAAGAACCCCCACGUCCAGCAGGCAGCACAGAGCGCGGCGAUGGGGGCAGCGCAGGGGGCCAUGACGCAGCACGAGACGCAGUACUCGGCCACCCCGAACUACACCUACUCCAACGAGAUGUGAG